AUGGACGCGACCGAGUUAUUAAAUGUUGCACAUGAUACGCUGACCCGUACAGUGCUGCGAGUACGCGACGACGAGCAGCGGGCGAUCACGUCGACCCAAUGGAGCACGGACGUCGUCUUAGCGGUGCUGUUGCUAUUCUCCAUCACGUUAGUGCCCGUAAUAGUACGCAUACGGAUCCUCUACACCUUUUGUUGGAUGGCCUUUGCAGUACUGGCACACGUGACGGAAUCGGAGGCAGCGCUGGGCAUGGCCACAUCACUGGGGCUUUCCAUCAUGAUGGGCUGGUACUCGUUACGAGUGUUCGACCGUACUGCAUUUAUGGGCAUCCUGCAGGGCUGGUUUGGCUUCCUGAGCAAAUACCGUCCGUUCCGACUACUAGCCAACUCUAUCGACCUUUUGCUGCAUAUGGGCGUACCGCUGACACUCGCGUUCUGUUACUUGCCGCUGGUGCGGAUCUGGAUGACAGCUCCUAUCUUGCUCUUCUCUCACUUGUGGAUCACACUAGUUGCUGCCGGUGAUCUCUGUCUUUCGGGUAACGACAUCUACCACAUUUACCCGCCGCGACCGAAAACCUUUUGGUUAUCAGUUCGCAAGAUUGAGCUGGUCUACAACCUCAUUAUUCCGACGUUGUGUGUACUCGCAUACCAAGGUGGUAUCCACGAAGUCGUUGUCACUUGCUUGCUAAAGCCGGCUUUGUAG